CAACAACAAUUUGCGUAAACAACGUGAGUUCAACAUGGAGCUGGUUGUUUAUGUAACAAUUCUACUGGUGCAGCUACUGGUGUGUGAUGGCAACAGGUUACUGAAGCUUGGCUCACCAGAGGAGUACAUGAAUAUCUGCCUCAACGGAAUCAGCCAUAAGACAGCUCCAGGUCCAGAGUCAAAACUCUUUGAAAAGUGUAAACCAUGGAAAGAUCACAGUUGUUGUACAGAUAAGGUUGCAGAGGAAAUACAUGUAAACCAGACUUGGUAUAAGAUGGACUGGAGUCAUUGUCCAAACCAACCCCUUUCGAAGAAAUGUCGGGGCAGAUUUAUCCAAGACCUUUGUUUCUAUGAAUGUUCACCAAAUGUUGGCCCUUGGUUAGUCCAGGUGGAUGGUAUGAAGAUUAGAAAGGAGAGAUUUGUAGAGGUGCCACUGUGUCAGACGGAGUGCAAUGCAUGGUGGGAAGAUUGUCAAGAUGAUUACACAUGUAUUGAAAACUGGUCGAGGGAAUUCAACUGGUCAUCUGGAACACCACAGUGUCCGCUUGGAUCAUCAUGUAAAAAGUUUAGUGAAAUAUACAAGAAUUCUUCCGACUUCUGUGAGAAGGUGUGGGAUCAUUCGUGGAAGGUUGUCAAUGACACGACUCCCGGCGGCUGCUUUAUCAUGUGGUGGAAUGAAAAUGCAGAGAAUCCAAACUAUCAGAUCGCAUACAACAAAGCAAAACAGAUUGUCUCAGGGGCAUCCAGAAUUACUCUCCAUUUUAUUGCACAGUUAACUAGUAUUAUGGUUUUUGUUAGUAGUUUUUACAUGUUAUGAUUUUAAUUUGUUAAAGUUUACAUAUCUCAAGGUUUCAUUCAUUGAUCCGUUUAUGAAACAUGAGAAUCUCAUGAAUAUUUUCCUCUUGUGUAUUUGCAGAUGAAGCAGUCGUGUUAUUUGUUAUUUAGUAUGUAGAUUAAAAAUUUACAGAGUUUUGUAAAUGAAAUUGUUUGAACAUUUUGACUCAAAAUUACAAGAAAGAAAAUCUUUAAAAAUGUAAUACUAACAUAGAAACUCAUAUUGAAUGUUCUAAGAAUUCAUAGAGAAUAAAAUGCUUACUGAUUAAUGGUAAACUAGACCAAAAUUUCAUAUUUGAAAAUAUGAACAAUUACUACACAAAAAACCAUAAAAUCAACAAGUUUAUGUGUAUAAUCAAUGCUAUGUAUUAGGUUUAAAGUAGUACAUUGUACAGGUAUAGCUAAACACCAAGAACGAGAAGAUUUUUUUUUUUUUUUUUUAAAUGACUGUUGCUGCAUGACACUUAAUUAGAAAUGUAGCUCUACAUACACAGUCAAUCUACAUAUUCAGUAAAGUUAAGUACAUUUGAUGAGAUAUUUCUGCAUUUGAAGUAAAUAUCUGAAGAUAAAAUAUUAUAGUGAAAGAUGGGCAUUGGAUAUUUUUAAAAGGAUAAUAUUCAUAUACAGUGUACAUGUAGUAAAUCAUAAAAAAAUCAGGUGCAGUGUAUCUGUAUUAGGUGACUUGAGGACUGCUUCUACAUGUUUUUGAUGAAAGUGGCCUUUUUAUUUUUUAUUCCUGUCCUAGAGCUUAGUGUGUGAUUGAUUAUGUACAUUCCACAUUACCUUACCUAAGUGUAAAAGUACCUGCUUGCUUAUGUUUUAAUCGGAAAACCAUUUAUAUGCAUAACUUAGAUUUUUCAGUUUUGAGUUGCUUAUUUUGGAAGAAAUGGUUGGUCAGUAGGAGUGAUAUUCACGCAGUAAUAGUAAAUAUUUUGAGUAUUUAUACCUCCAUCAUUAAAAAUAUGGGGCAUAUAGUGUUACCCAUGUUAAUGUGCGUGUUUAUGUGCAUGUGUACACGCACGUGCAUUGGUUUGUGAGUCUAUGUGUUUACGUUUCUGUAGGCAUAAAAUUGUGCUUGACCAGUUACUCUUUUGCAUUGUCUGAUAUGAAACACUUUGACACAAAUAAUCACCAUAGCAAGAUAUGUUCCAUGCAAAAUUCAGACCCAAAGCUAAAAGGUCAAGGUCACACUAAGAAGGAAAAAAUUUAAGGUAAUUUUACUUGUCUGAUGUAAACUUUUUAUGUAUGAAUAGAUAUUGAAAUUAUUUGGCACAAACAUUCACUGUAACAAUAUGACAUGUUGAAUUCAAGACCCCUACCCCUACCUGAACUGGCAAUGUCACUCUUGACGUAAAAAGGAAUAUUUAGUUUUCUUGUCCCUGUUAUAGCAUUUUUAUGCAAUAAUAUUCAGAUAUCUGGGCACAGAAGUUUUCGAUAUCAAAACAACCUGGGCCCAGUUGUUCGAAACUUUAACAGACUGUUAAACUAAUCGUCUGUUAAAUCUUGAUUCAAAAUACUAGUUUUGGUGGGAAACACUAGUACGGUGUUUUAAUUUUACUGUAAAGACGUUUUAAUGUUCAUAAUCCUUAAAUCAUACAUUUGUUUUUCUGAGUUUUCAAAAAUGGUGAAAUAUUACUUUAAAAGUUAAUCGACUGUUAGCUUAAUCAACUGUUAAAGUUUCGAACAACUGGGCCCUGUUGUGUUCUAGACUUAUACGCCGACUUGAAAGGUUAAGGUCACACAUAGAAGUAAAAAAAAAUUGUAUCAUUUUUCAUGUAAAUGAUCUUUAACCUUUUCAAGAAUGAAUGGAUAUUCAAAUAACUAGACACAAACAUUCGCCUUAAUAAGCAUUGGUGUAUGAAAUACCUUGACCCCUAGCUAAAAGGUCAAGGUCACUGUUAGAGGUCAAAGAUUUUAUGCCUGUAACUUUGGUAUGAAAGGAAUGAUAUUAAUACAAAUUGGUUUAAGCAUUCACCAUUACUAGAUGACCUGUGACAUGUAAGACAUAGACCGCUAGCUUGUGUGUCAAGUGCAGACUUAUACACCAAAAUCAAAGGUUAAGAUCACACUUUGAGAUCAAAUAUGUUAUGUCCUAGUGUACAAUUGUUAUAUGCAAAGAAUAAUCAAAUAAGUUAGUAAAACCUCACCAUAACAAGACAGUGUAGUAUUGGUGAAAUAAAUAUAUAUGUUUUUUUUCAGUCAACAACCCAGUGUACAUGUUUUAUUGUCAAAGUGCCAUUACUUAUAAGACUCACUUUUCGAAGUUGUGACAUAAUAUAGUCAUCCAUGUCUUUUAGACACAUUUCUAGUUCUGAUUAAAAAAAUGAUUUAAAGGCUAUGAUUUUUUUUCAGCUAUUUUCAGAACAAUUUCAUUUUUCAGAUGUGAAAUUUUGAGUUUAGAAAUAGUCUGGUGUUCAGUUAUUUUCAAAUGAGUUUGACAUUUGAUGGUUUUGACCAGAAUGACUGUACCAUGUGGAUAUGAUUCACAGAUUUCUGAUUUUUGAAAAGGAAAAACCUGAAUGAGAAUUCUAUUUUAGAUUUAUUUUAUUUUUGAAUUUUAUUUUGUGGUAUAAUUUUAAGGUUUGAGUGAACUUAGAGUUAACACUCAAAGAAUAUUUAAUUUAAUGGUUUCACAGUAACCUUUAUUCCUGUGGCGUAUUAAGUGUUCCAGAUGGUAUAAUAUACUUAUGUUGUUAUUUUUUGUAUGUAGGGUCUGUUAUAUGUUAUGGUUUGCAGUGUUUUAUUUUUAAGCUUGCCUGACCCAAAGGUUCAGGAUGAACUAUUAUGAUGGGGCUGUGUCCGUUGUCUGUUGUUUAGUCUUUAACUUUAAGGACCACGUGAUAGAUCUUCACCAAACUUGGUCAAAAACAUCUAUGCAUUGACCUCUCAGAAGGUUGUUCAAAUAGUUCACAAAAUAAUAACCUCGCUUCAAGAUAUCAACUCUAAAUCCAGGUACGGGGAGACUUUUUUUAGCUGCCACACGGCACUUAAAGAUUGCUGUUGUGAUAGUUAAUAAAAUCUGUAAAACCUUUUUCUCAUGAAAUGCUUGCCUUUUCAUGAUACAGUGUAUCAUGACAUAGUUAAGGUCAAAUGGUCAAGGAUAGGUGAGUGAUUUAGAGCCAUCAAGGCCCUCUUAUUUCGGUUUCUCAAUUCAGUUUUCAGCUUUUUUGGUUUGUUAACUUGUCAGCUGAUUUUAGCUUUUUAUAUGAAAAUAUUGUACAUAAUACGUUGUGCUGUUGAUAUUGUAUCAUGUAAUUUUAACUAUGUUCAUAUAUUGGAUGAUACUGACAGACAACGGUUUUGUUGAAGUGAAAUUUGUGUGACAGCACAGAGAUGGCUAUUGAUGUCUUAAUCACUCUUACAUUGAAAGAAAAUGGAUAAAUAUCCUUUACAUUGGAGAGAAGAAUGUUGUUUGUUAUACCUGGUUAGCUCAAUACACUCGAGAUCCUGGUGCUACAAUAUUUAAAAAUAUUUUGAGGGAGAUCUCGCAGGCAGAGACUAUUAUUAGUUGAAAUUAUUAACCACUGUUGAAACCAAUAUUGAGCUGAAAAAUUUUUUGUAACCAUAUUGUUUUUGCAUAUAUUUGAAGAUUUUUACACUGGAGUGAAGUGACCUUUUUAGCUCACCUGAGCACGAAGUGCUCAAAGGUGAGCUUUUGUGAUCGCCCUGUGUCCGUCGUCCGUCAGUCGUCGUCAACAAUUUGACUGUUAAUACUCUAGAGGACACAAUUUUGGCCCAAUCUUAAUGAAACUUGGUCAGAAUGUUACUCUCAAUUAAAUCUUGGACAAGUUCGAUAUUGGGUCAUCUGGGGUCAAAAACUAGGUCACCAGGUCAUAUCAAAGGAAAAGCUUGUUAACACUCUAGAGGUCACAAUUUUGGCCCAAUCUUAAUGAAACUUGGUCAGAAUGUUACCCUUAACAAAAUCAUGGACGAGUUCGAUACUGGGUCAUCUGAGGUCAAAAACUAGGUCACCAGGUCAAAUCAAAGGAAAAGCUUGUUAACAUUCUAGAGGUCACAAUUUGGGCCCAAUUUUAAUGAAACUUGGUCAGAAUGUUACCCUCAAUAAAAUCUUGGAUGAGUUCGAUAUUGGGUCAUCUGGGGUCAAAAACUAGGUCACCAGGUCAAAUCAAAGGAAUAGCUUGUUAACAUUGUAGAGGCCACAUUUAUGACUGUAUCUUCAUGAAACCUGGUCAGAAUGUUAAUCUUGAUGAUCUCAAGGUCCGGUUUGAAUCUGGGUCAUGUAGGAUCAAAACCUAGGUCAUCAGGUCAAAUCAAAGGAAAAGCUAGUUAACACUGUAGAGGCCAUAUUUAUGACUAUAUCUUCAUAAAACCUGGUCAGAGUGUUAAUCUUGAUGAUCUCAAGGUCCAGUUUGAUCUGGGUCAUGUAGGUUCAAAAACUAGGACACCAGGUCAAAUCAGAGGAAAAGCUAGUUAACACUGUAGAGGCCACAUGUAUGACCUUAUCUUAAUGAAACUAAGUCAGAAUGUUAAUCUUGAUGAUCUAUAGUUCAUGUUCAAAUCUAGGUCAGUAGGGGUAAAAACUAGGUCAUUAGGUCAGAUCAAAGGAAAAGCUUGUUAACAAUCUAGAGGCCACAUUUGUGACUGUAUCUUCAUGAAACUUGGUCAGAGUGUUAAUCUUGAUGAUCUUUAGGUUAAGUGCGAAUCUGGGUCAUGCAGGAUCAAAAAUCUAGGUCACCGGGUCAAAUCAAGGAAAAGCUUGUUUACAGUCUAGAGGCCACAUUUAUGACUAUAUCUUCAUGAAACUUAGUCAGAAUGUUAAUCUUGAUGAUCUCAAGGUCAAGUUCAAAUCUGGGUCAUGUGGGGUAAAAAACUAGGUCACCGGGUCAAAUCAAAGGAAAAGCUAGUUAACACUUUAGAGGCCACAUUUAUGACCAUACCUUAAUGAAACUUGGUCAGAAUGUUAAUCUUGAUGAUCUUUAGGUCAGUAGGUCAGUUGAGUGAUACAGGGCGUUCAUGGCCCUCUUGUUUUUAAAAAAUAUUUGUCUCUCUUGUUAUACUGAAAAUGUUUUAUGUUUUGUAUUUGUGUUCAGUGUGAGGUGCUAAAGUGAUAUUUGUAAUGUUGGGCAUUUAUAGGUAUUACAGCUUUACAUUGAAAAUAGUAAAGUUUAGAUGGGUAAAUUUUAGUAAAUGUAAAGCUAAAACAUAAGAACUGUUUACAUUUUAUUUGAUUAUUGCUGUUCAGAUGUGUUCAUAUAAAUAAAAUGGGUAUAUUCAACAUUUUACUCAAGGAAUAUGGCAUUAUUAAGUUAGUGAAAUCUAAUGCUUUUACACGAAUUACAAUAUUUAAUCUAGUUUAGUUUGGACAGAUUGUAGUAUUGUAUAGCACUAAAAUACUGGUACCAGCUUUUAAAACUUUUUUUUUUAUUUUUGCCUUAAAUUUUUAAGACUUUUGAAAAAUGCAAAUCUAUUUUAGAAAUAUCAUUUUCUUUUCCUUCAUCAUAUUUGCUAUAAAGUAAGAGGACACUACUCACAGUAGUAAUCUACCCCAAAGCAUAAUCAAAACUAAUGUCUGUCUGAUCUUAGAUAGAUUUUUCACAUGUUGUAGACGGACUUCAGUUAUUAUAGGUAACUUGAAUACUUAGGAACAAGUUUACACUGUACACAUGUUAAAGUAACAAAAUUAGCUUAGUAUGCUAUAUAUGCUGCUAUCUGUAAAUAUACUUCAAAAAGUCAACUUUAUGAAUUUUAAAAAUUGAAAUUAUGAAUUGCCCCAUGAGUUUCUGGGACAACGUGUUUCCACUGCAUGAUUGUAAGACGUGGCUAACAGGGAUAGAAUACCUGGCUUUGCUGUAUCUUUUGAUUCCAGAAGGUAUUCAGAUUUUAAUUUGAAACUUGAUUUUUAUUCAGAUAUAAAUGUGAUGAGAAAGCAAAGUCUGGUUUGGCACCACAUAACCUGUACUGUGUAUGUGCACCACAUAACCGUACUGUGUAUGUGCACCACAUAACCUGUACUGUGUAUGUGCACCACAUAACCUGUACUGUGUAUGUGCACUGUAAAACCAAGAUCUACAACUAUGAAAUAAAUUUGCCCUUGUCUGUUUGUUUUGCAUUAUGUUGUUUUUAUUUCAUUAUUUGUAUGAUCAGUAAAAUGACCACUGUAACCAGAAUACUGGUAGUUAAAUGCUGAUUGGUUUUCUUCCACUUAAUGUAUCACUUGCGUUUGUUUAUGUUUUACUGUAUAUAUUUACUUCUGUGCAUAAUACAUUGGCAUGAACAAAAUGUUACAAAGAGGAAAUAAUCUAAUAUUUUUGUACUUUGAAAGUUUGAUCAGUUUAUAUUUAAGAUAUGAAAAAAAAACUAGUGCACGCCACAAUUGUUAUUUGGAAAUCCUGAGUAUUUUAAGUCAAACAGAAUAUGCAAGAAUGUUCCAUAAUUUAUAACAUAAAGUGCAAAAAAAUGUUCCAAAGUUUAUAAGACAAAGUAAUGACUUUGCAUGGAAGAUUGUAUCUUAGUUUACAAAAAUUAUUGAGGAUUAAUACUGAAUUUUGAUGUCAAGCGCAUUUUGGUUUGUUGGUUGUUAAUAUACAGGAUUCUACUUGAAAAAAAAGUAAAUAUACUCCUGUAAUUCUUUCGAUUUUUCAUGUGUUGCUCAGAACAUUUAUUGGUUUAAAUAAGAAUUCAGUAGUCACUUGUAUUGAAUUUUAAUAUCAGUCAAUAUUUAUUUGUAAUUUUUGAUUGAACAUGGGUUUUAUUUGACAAGUUAUUUGUGGUUUCAUAUUUAUACAUCUUCUAGUUUAAGAUUGUCAUGUUUUAUUCGGACAAGUACAUUGUAUAUAGUGUGUGUAGGCUGAAGAUCUCCAUGUAUACUUUACACAGAACUACAAUCAUAUGACUAAUAUAUUUCAUACCCAGAUGAAAAAUUACUGUAUUUA